AGCACAUUCAACCGCCAAGUAAGUUACGUUUUGCAGUGUCACGCUGAGGAAGUUUGAGCGCAGUUUACUUGGACAGAACUGGAUUAUACGGACACAGACGCGUAUGCUAGUUGGGUGUACGUCGUGAAAUGAGAGUGAAAUUUGUUUCCGACAGGAAUUCUGUCCGUUUGUGACACGCUGUUAUUACUGUGUAGCGAGCAGCGAAGCCCCAUGUUUUCAUCAAGCCCGGAGGAGAACUGCGCCCCGUCCAAAGACCCGGUCAAAUACGGGGAGCUGGUGGUGCUGGGGUACAAUGGCUCCCUGCCCAAUGGAGAUCGGGGUAGACGGAAAAGCAGAUUUGCUCUAUACAAGAGGACCAAAGCCAAUGGUGUUAAGCCGAGCUCCAUGCACAUCCUUAACACACCCCAGGAAAGCAAGGCUGUCAACAGUAAAGGACUACACAGCAUCUCCUACACGCUGUCCAGGAGCCAGACGGUGGUGGUGGAGUACAGCCACGACAAAGACACAGACAUGUUCCAGAUUGGACGCUCCACUGAGGGGCCCAUAGACUUUGUGGUUACUGACACAAUGGCGGGAGGCCAGGAGGGAGACGACGCCCCGAUCACGCAGAGCACCAUCUCUCGCUUUGCCUGCCGGGUCGUCUGUGAACGCACCCCACCCUACACUGCUCGCAUCUAUGCGGCCGGCUUCGACUCUUCCAGAAACAUCUUCCUCGGGGAAAAAGCUGCAAAAUGGAAAAACCCCGAUGGUCACAUGGACGGCUUAACAACCAAUGGGGUGCUUGUGAUGCACCCUAAGGGAGGGUUCACAGAAGAGUCCAAGCCUGGCGUUUGGAGAGAGAUCUCGGUUUGCGGAGAUGUCUACACUCUCAGAGAGACCCGCUCGGCACAGACUCCAGGAAAACAGGUGGAGAAUGAGAGCAACAUCCUGCAGGACGGCUCCCUGGUGGACCUGUGCGGAGCCACUCUGCUGUGGCGUACUGCGGAGGGUCUCUUCCACACUCCCACCCAGAAGCACCUGGAGGCCCUCAGGCAGGAGAUCAACGCAGCCAGGCCCCAGUGCCCUGUAGGCCUCAACACCCUCGCCUUCCCCAGCAUGCAGCGCACCCGUGCCCUCACAUCUCUGGAGGACAAACAGCCUUGGGUCUACCUGGCGUGCGGCCACGUGCACGGUUAUCAUAACUGGGGCCACCGCUCGGAGCAGGAGCCCAACACUCAGCGCGAGUGCCCCAUGUGCCGAGUGGUGGGCCCCUACGUUCCGCUGUGGCUGGGCUGCGAGGCAGCCUUCUACGUGGAUACAGGUGCGCCCACGCACGCCUUUGUGCCUUGCGGACACGUGUGCUCGGAGAAGUCUGUCAAGUACUGGUCAGAGAUCCCUCUGCCCCACGGCACCCACGCCUUCCACGCCGCCUGCCCCUUCUGUGCCACCCAGCUCAGUCUCACUCAGGGCUGCUCCAAGCUAAUCUUCCAGGGCCCCGUGGACUGAGCCGGGGGCGGCCGCUGCUCCUCCGGCAGAAACAACAGGAAUACCAACAUGCUGUGAAACUGUUCAGAUUAUUUUUCACUGUCUUCUGUUUGUGUGAGCCAGCGUCGGAAUGGAAUCAAUCUGUCAAAGUUGUGGUAAUUUAGCCUGGAUUCUGCACAACAGAGAGCCAUUACAGAUUGUUGUUGAACUUCUUUUUUUUUUUUUUUUUUUUCCUUUGGCUGUUUGCAUGGCUGCUGUGAUGCACAGAAACGUGGAGCUCGCUGGACAACAAAUGCCAGACUCCCUCAGCGUGAGAUAACAUUUUAGCUGUCCUGCCAACCGACUGCUUUAGACAAGAAUCCGGCUUUGGCCUGUUUAAACUACAAUACCUGCUGGUUUUCCAUCAGAUCGCAGCAAAAGUAAAGUUAUAGAAGGAAUGAACCAACUUUAGUCCUGAACCAAACUGGUGGAAGUGACAUUGAGCGGGUGUAGCCGGACCUGUUGGGCGCAUGAAAAGGUGACAGGAAAUAUGUUUCAGUUCCUCCUGGGUCUUGGAUAGGAUUUUUCCACAGAGCCACACAGCUGGACUGUUGGCUGGGAGAGAAACCAGGGGGAACCUGGGAUUUUAUGGCUUAAUUUUUAAACAUCAGCCCUGUGGCCAUCAGCUCUUAAUGGCAUCCAAAUCAUGUAGCUCUCUAGAGGAGGCUUCCACUUAGCGGACAAACUUUGACGGAGGGAGCGUAGAAUUUAAUAUGUAUUGCGAUAUAAUCCAGUGCCUCGAAUCCCAAUAAACUAUAAGGAUAUUUUUCAUAAAUUAAAAAAAAACAAAGAAGAUAUUUUGUUGACGGUAGGGACAGAGAUAGUUUUGCAUACUGAAGAUAUAAGGAGCUGAGAUCAGAUGAAUUCUGAAAUAAGUUGUAUUUUAGUACACUGAGGCCCCUUGUGCUGUUUUGUAAUUCAAAUGUUAAUAUAUUUUGUCCUUCAUAUGUCGAGUGUGUGCAUGUGUGCGUGUGUGUGCGCGCUCUUAGGCUGUUUAAAUCGCCCUGCUCCGUUUCACCUCGGCCCUCCUCUUACUUCACCCAGCACCCACAAACACUACCAGACAACACAGCAACAGGAAGGAGGUGGCAUGGUUUCACAAUGAAUGUACUGAAAUACACCAACUCUCCUCACUUUUGGUGUUGAAAUCCCACCAGCGCUCUCAUAGAGGGAAGGCCCGCUUGCUGUUAAAUGCAAUAUUGGGGCUCCGCAACCGUUUAACAACGCCCCGCUUUGCAAGUACGGGACUUCCCUGCUGCACACGUGUACUGUAUUCAUUCUGCACUGCUGUUAGCUUUAUCCCGUGCUGGGGCUGAUUCAAUGAUCUGUUUCGCUGUCGUACCCGGGCGCAUUUUCAGCAGCAUCUAGAGAUUAUACCAAAUAUGAGAAGGAGCUGUUGUUUUGUUUGUUUUAUUUGUUUUGUUUAGUUUCUCUCCCCCCAUCAUCAUGCAAGAUGUAACAGCCGCUCUUUCUCCAAUCCAAAGUGUUCCCUGCGAGCCAUCCUAAACCCAAACUGCUGCUGUGAUGGAAUGUUGACAGCGCUGACUUACAGCAAAAGGCUCUUCUGCAGCUCAGUGGGAACAAUGACAUUGUUGCGCUCCAUGCCAAAUUUAGUAAGUUCUGUUGUGCAUAGAAGUUGUGCAGAACAAAGUAGCGGAAAAAUUGAAACAGAAGAAUGUGGGACAAAUCUAUGCAUUCUUCUGUGAAAAUGGUUUACUAAACAGAUGUGGAGUAUUGUGAGUUCGGCCUACGCAUUAUCAAAUGCAAAAGAAAGCAUUGAUUCUUUUUUUUAUCAUUAUUAUUAUUUCUUCCAUGAAUUGCAUUAUGAUGAAUGAAUUGAGAAAUAAAUACACCAUGUUUUGCUGAGGGGGAAAAAAAAUCUUAAAAUCUCAAUUGGACAAAACCCCAAACAAAAGUGAUUUCAAUAGCAGUGGUGCAACGGUGGACUGCUCCUUUUGGUUCCUUCCUCAGAAGCAUUCUUAGCAUUCUUCCAAAUGUCAGCAGCAUUACACUUCUUUCAUACCACUAAUGCGUUGCUUGAUUUCUCCAGAUUUUAUGUAACUGCCAUGCCGGGUCAUGAACUAAGCCUCAUACUGUACAGGAACAUUCCCUUCUAACAUUUUAAGCUCAAACACUGUGCCCAUUGCUUCAGAGCGUGUUCUGUAACAGCUGCAGAGUAGCUGCCUCAAACAUUCCUUCUUGGUAAACAUGGGUGGGGUUCACAGUUCAGCCAAGGGCUUGUUCUAUGAAUUUGUCUUCUACAGGAACUCUGUACACAAGCCAUAGAACACACUGAUGCUCCCAUUGCCUCCUCUGC